AUGCGGCUACCAGUUGAGCUCUGGGAUAUGGUUCUCGAAGACCCUGACUUAACUCUACGGGACCUGCAUAACUUGAGACUUACCUGCAAAUCAUUAGCUGGCCUCACCAUGCCGGAAAGGUUCGUUCUCACCGUCUCACGAUUCAAGAAAGACCGAGAUAGAUUCGAGAAGGUUGCCCGCAGCUCUUCGCUCUCCAGGCAUGUGAGAAAAAUAAUUUGGGAGAAUCUUGAUCUUGAGGCGAUCAACCCACUCAAAUUGCACCUAUUACUGGCUGCGUGCGAUGAAGAUAUAUUUUGGGCGCCGUUAAGGUACUUAGGCGGACAGACUACGACGUCACAUUGGCUCGUAGCAGGAACCAAGAAAAUGCCGAAUCUCAGAAUUAUUUUAGUUCGUUAUAUGGAUGAGACACGAAAAAUCCACUACAAGGACGAAGAAAUUAGCGUAGCGCAGUACACGUCUAGCAGAAGAUCAAACCCCAGGUUUUAUGAUUUUGACCUGCCGGCGCUCUCCUCUGUACUCUGUGAUCCUGAGUGCCAAGUACGGAGCUUUACCAUACUUAUCGGUACUGGCUUGUUGUAUGCAACUGUACCCAUCGAUUCAUUCCAGCAUUUGACAUCGAUCGAAAUUGGUCUCUUUUGCGGGUUCUGCGAGGGUCAUAGCUACUUGAUCUCAAGGCUCCGACGCGCGAGGAAUCUGAAAAAUCUCAAACUUCGCAUUUUGCCCCAGGAUGAACGAGAUGUAGCCCGGGAGACCGAGAUUGAAACUAACAAUAGACAGGUCGGCUACCGAAUCAGAAAAAUGUGCACUGCUACCUUUCUUCAAGAACUAGUUGACGAUAUACACUGGCCUCACUUGCGCUCAUUCCAUCUAGCAGGCUGUCACGGGGACAACUGUCCCCCAACAGAACCUAGUAUCAGACUUAAACGAGAAGUCGCUUCACUGCUCUCAAACAACAACAAUAACAACUACUCCUUCAAUAACAACCGCAACAUUGCUCGAGCAAUUAAUGCUCUUUGUCGGCAGCUGAAAGACCUCACUCUAGAUGAAUGUAGUGUUACUUGUGGGGUCCUCGAUCAAUUGAGAAAACCGUAUCGGAAGUUUCCCCAGCUUCAAUCCUUCAACAUUCAACCCAGAGAUCACACCGGCAGUUGGAGAAUCGCAUUGCCCGAAACCAAAAUUCUCGCAUACCUGAAAAACGAGAUUGAAGAUCUACAGAUUGAGACAUCUCAUCCUAGAAGUCGCCUCUAUGUAUACACAGAAUAGGAGAGUCAGUGCCUUUGGCGUUAGCUUCCCUAUGCCGUCAUUAUUCAUAAGCCCCCAGGUACGUAGUAAACUGCAGACAGUUCAAUAUCAGCUCCGCCAAGGCACUCGUCGUUAUAGUGAUGUUUUUACAUACAAAUGUUGAAGUGUGGGUAUGGAAGCCUCCAGGACUGGAGGUUCUGGGACGCCGCCUUGAGCG